CAUCGAUUAUGUCGAUUGUUUGUGCGUCGAUUGUUCUGCAGUGUGAUUUUCUGUAAUUUCUGUAAAACAAUAAUUUAAAUACCAAGUCAUGGAUGCGGGACGACCGUGCCUAUUGUGCAAGGACAACCUGGCGGUUGGCAUUAAGCUCGAAAAUGAAGUGAUCGAAAAUUCAAAGGAACUACUGGAAAAGCUGGUCGUGUGGUACAACAUUGAUCCUUACAUUUUGAGGAAAAAAUCUUGCAUAUGUGAGCCUUGUUUAGGACAUGUGCUCGACAUGAGCGCAACACUCCGGCGUUGGACCGCAGCGCAACCAAAGACGGCCCCAUCUGAAACCUUUGACAUUACGAUUAAGGAGGAAAGCCCCCUGGAAAUAGAUGGUUGGGAGAACAUUGAAUUGAUGCCCGAACAGACUCUUCCUGUUUCCUCAGUAUUGGAAGAAAAGAAGGAGCUUUUGGCAAUCGUUUCAACAAAAGCUGCCACCGUUAAACCAUCCACUGAAAACUUCGCCGUUGCAGUACGGCACGAUGGUCUUAUAUUGGCCAAAUUUUACAGGAACAAUACCACGGCGACCACAAUUAUUUGCACCUGUUGUAACGUCGAGUUGAGUCUCAUUUCCCACAUUCGCACGCACAGCUUACUGAGUCGUGUAGAUCCCCGCUACAUUUGUCGGAGGUGUGACAAAACAUUUAACUGUCUGAAAAGGCUAAAGGAUCACGAGAAGACCCAGCAGCACAACACCAUCUGGAGUCGUUCAAAGGGCUUUCACUUUCGCUGUGUGGAAUGUGGGAAAGUCUUCGAUCGCUACCCUGGGGUCGUUCGACACGCCUCUAUCAUGCACAUCUCCAAUAGGUUCUACUGCACCUUUUCCAAGUGUUCGUACAGCUUCGAUAACAAGGCGGACUUGGACAAGCAUUUGAAAUCACACGAAGUGCCGGUAUAUCAUGCCUCACCAUUGUAUGUGUGCCAUUUGCCCGACUGUGGCCAGUCGUACUACCUGGAGACUAACUACAACAAGCAUAUGAAGACCUUUCACGGAAUGUACGUGUGCCCACAUCCCGGUUGUGGCGAAGCUCUCAGCCUUUCCAGCCAAGCUCAGCACGCUCAGCUUCACUCAAAAGACCAGAAUGGGAAGAAGAACCCUUCUAAGCAGGGUGAGUUUCUGACGAUAGAGAAUUCGUUUCAGCGGAAACGUAGAUACUCAUAUUCUCCGCCCAAUGACAAUAAUAGGGGCCACUUCAUAAGCCUACCAAAGCCGCUAACCUUAAAAUGAAAAUUUUUAAUUGUAAGAAAACCAUCAUUAUCCUAAAUACGCUCAUAUGUACAUAUAUAUUUGUGAAAUAUAUAUUUAUUCGGUUGAAAAAAAUAAAAGAGAAGUGAUGUAAUCAUCGACAUAUCGGCGAUGAUUUAAAAUCGAAAA